AGCUGAUUAGAGGCCCGUCAGAGCCCGGCCCCCACCCAGGCCGGCCCGCGUGGAUGGAGAAAAGGAUAAAUGGAGGUUGUGGCGUUCAGAUUGUAGACACGGACAAACACCGUCCCGGUCGACACACUCGGUACAUAAAGUCCAUCUGCAGCCCCACGUGGGCAAACUGUGAUGUCGUCUGCAGGAGUUGCUGCAACGCGCCUUAGAUGGCGUGAAAUGUUGAGUUUGUAGGUAACGAAUGUGCCGCGCGGGUGUGUCCACGCACUCAUCUUGUUGACUUGCUCGCAACUCGCCAUGGAGAAAUCGAAAAACUUUUGCAUCGACGCCCUCCUCGCAGACGAGCCCAACCGGGCCAGUCGAGACGCGUCCCCGGGCCUGAGUUGCGACAGUCCGGCGGGGAGCCCCGUGGCCUGCCGCCGCGGGGAGACGCCGUCCCCGCGGGCCGCCGCGCAGCUCCACGCGUCAGGAAGAAUCCCCAAAGCGAGCGUUCUCAACCUGACGCACCCGGGACUGGCUUCCGUGCACCAGGCCGCCAUGCCGGGCAUGUACCCCGCACCCAUGUACCCCUUGUCGGCUUUGGGCGCCCAGCAUCCCGCCUUCGCCUACAGCGGCUUUACGCAGCUGACUCACGCCUACCCGGAGUACCUGAAGGCGGCCGCCGCCAUGGCGGGCUCGAUGCCCCCGGAGCACUGGAUCCGGGCUGGGAUUAUGAUGCCGAGGCUGCCAGAUUACAGCGCAGGCCCUCAGUCAGGCCUGCUGGGAAAGUGCCGGAGGCCUCGCACGGCCUUCACCAGUCAGCAGCUGCUGGAGCUGGAGAACCAGUUCAAACUCAACAAGUACCUCUCCAGACCCAAACGCUUCGAGGUGGCCACCUCCCUGAUGCUGACGGAAACCCAAGUCAAGAUCUGGUUCCAAAACCGGAGAAUGAAGUGGAAGCGCAGUCGGAAGGCCAAGGAGCAAGCGAGCGCUUCGGGCCAGUCUGAAACCGGUGCCGGAAAAACAGCCGGCAGCAAACCCGGCGAGAAAAGGCCGCUGCGCGGGAACCCGGAGGACGCGGGCGUGGAUCUGCUUCUGGAGGAUCCUGACGAAGACGAAGAGGAGGAGGAAGAGGAAGACGAGGAAGAGGAGGAAGAAACCCAGCACGGUUUUUCCGUGGUGAUGGGGAACCGCGUCGGGAUGCCGCGAUCCAUGGACUUCUUGCAGCGCGGCGCCGACGCGGCCUUCGACCCCCACAGUCCUUUCUCUGAAGAAGACGAGCUGGAGGGCGUCCGAGCUGGAGGAGGAGCAGACAGGAAGAUGGUGGCAGGACUGUGAGACCGCCGCGCAUUCCAAAUUCAGGGACACGCACUUGAAGGCAGAAUGUACACAACCGCAAAAUCUUGUUCUUAGAUCUUACGUUCGCUCAACGCCGCUUUUCAAAAAUAUUUCAACAGCCUCUCCGACGUGAAUAACUGGACGAUAGAACCUUAAAGAGUGUUUGGGAGGAACGGGAAGGCAUAUUUCUAUCGGCAUGUCCACCUCACGCCCUCCGACCUCGGUUGUCUUCGCUCACGGUCGGUAGUUUGCGUGAUUCUCAUGCAGUUUCACUCUUUUGAGAAUUCCCAGGAUCCACUGGUGCAUGUUUCUGGGCAAAACGGUGCAAACGCGGUGGGGACCCGGACAAUUCUCGGGACUGUUUCGAGUUCCGCCGUGAACGUCGACUUGGACUUUUUGACAGUCCUCCUUAACCCUUCGAUGGACAGUUUCUCAGGACUCUUUAAAAACUUUCUAGGACCUGUCCAGAAGGGUAACACUUUCCUCUCCACAUCCAAACGGUUUUCACAUCGAACGGUCAACCACUCCCUUUGAAGCCAGCCUUUGAAGAUACAGCGCCUGGACUUACAUUGCGAUCCGAAUCCUCCAAGUCGUCCAAUCAUCGUCACUGCCUCACUUUCGGGUCACCUCGUCUCCGCCUUCUCAACUCAAUCGCUCAUUUUUACGUAACAACACGUCGUGUAUAAAAAUACACGCAAGCGUACUGUACGAACUUUAUUUUGUUCGUUUUCAAUCUUAUGUCGCACUUGUCGAGCGUUUUUUUGACUUUGUGCUAUGUGGGAAUGAGUUUAAUUUAUUUGAUUUGUUGCAAAAAAAACAAACCAAAAAAAAUGAAUAAUGUAUUUAAGUGAUGCUCGUUUGUGGUUUUGAUGAUUUUAAAAAAAUGUUUGACGUGUUGCUAAUGUUCUAAAUAAAUACAUUUGACUAAACUAUUGACAAGAGGACACAAAGGGGCCUGUGAUUAGACUUCAAAUAUUUAUUGUAGUUUACUUUUAAAAAAUGAACUGUUUAUUAUUCUUUCAGUGUAAAUAAAUUAAUGUGACUAUUCGAAAAAUCUGCAUUAAUUAAGCUA